AUGCGCUCCGAGGCCACCAAGACCCUAUCCAGGGUCGCAGCCCAGUCUGUUCACGUGGUGACGAACCCUGCGCCGCGGAAUCUGGCAGAGAGCAAGCUUGUGCUUGCAGCGUUGCAGAAGUUUGGGGAGGUAGUGACCUUUCGCAACCUGAAGUAUGCGCCCGGGAAAAGACAUCGCAACGUCGACCGGUCGACGCUCGCCAUCUUCGAGUCCGCCGACUCGGCCUCCCGCGCGAUCGAAGCAUCACCGCUCGUGAUCCCUCUAGACAAUAAACUUAACCCGCGAAUGAAACCACACACACAGACACAGACACAGACACAGACACAGACACAGACAUCUUCUGCCCGUCUGACAUGCGAUGUAUAUCGGUCCACGUUCGACCACGAGGACAACAUGCCCCGGAACCCAUACCAUAGCAGCUACCGCGUCUUGGAGAACAGCUACCAGUACAACGAUCUCAUGCAGAACACGAACAUCCCCCUGCGCGAACUGGCGGAUAGCAUGAUGGGGCGCAAGACCAGGAUGCGGAUCCGAUAUCGUCAACGGAUCGCGGCGGAGAAUGAGCGGUUGGGCGCCAAUUCGCUGGUCAAGUUUUAUCGCGAGGGGUUGGAAGAUGCUGAUGGGAAUCUGGAUUCCGGCUCUAAUUAA